CUUGUUUGGCAUUGUUUUCCAACAGCAUUAGCUCACAUCUGGCAGGAAGUAUCGGCUUUAAAGGCUGCAUGAAGGGUUUCCAGUUCCAAAAGAAGGAUUUCAACUUGUUAGAAGAGCCAGGAACCCUGGGAAUCAGUUAUGGGUGCCCAGAGGAUUCACUGAUGUCCCGCAAAGCGUAUUUCAACGGAGAAAGCUUCAUUGCAUCAAGCCCAAAAAUGUCCCUCCUUGGUGACUUUGAAGGAGGCUUUAAUUUCCGGACACUGCAGCCCAACGGGCUGCUGUUUUACUAUUCUGAAGGAUCAGAUGUAUUAUCCGUCUCUAUGGACAGAGGUGCUGUGGUUUUAAACGCAAGUGGAACCAAAAUUCAAUCACCAGACCGAAAUUACAACGAUGGAAAAACCCACUUCGUUGUUACUUCCAUCACCCCAGAAAGUUAUGAGCUGACUGUUGAUGACAAGAAGCAAAGCAAGAAAAACCCAGCAAAGGACAGAGGAGGGAAAAGCCUGGACAGCGUCAAGAAGUUUUAUUUUGGUGGCUCUCCCCUCAGAACGCAGCAAGCCAACUUCACUGGCUGCAUAAGCAACGCUUACUUCACUAGGUUGGAUCGAGAGGUUGAAGUGGAAGAUUUCCAGCAGUACUCUGAGAAAGUUCAGGCUUCUUUGUAUGGAUGCCCUGUUGAAUCUCCUCCAGUUGCUCUUCUCCAUAAGAAAGGAAAAAACUCAUCAAAAGCCAAAGGAAACCGUAAUAAAAAGGUGGGAAGAGACAAAGACAAGAUUUCACAGCCUUCAACUGGCCUCAAAAAACUGUAUCAAGAAGUGAAUAUGCAAAGAGACCCUCAGUGCCACUUGUCCAUGAAUCCCAAGGCAACUGAACAUGCAUAUCAGUUUGGAGGAACAGCAAACAGCCGGCAAGAAUUUGAUCACAUACCAAAAGAUUUCAGUCAAAGAGCUCAGUUCUCUAUCAGUCUGAAAACUCACUCAUCUCAUGGAAUGAUUUUCUACAUCUCGGAUCAAAAAGAGACCAACUUCAUGGCCCUUUUCGUUGCUCAUGGCCGACUCAUUUUUAUGUUUAAUGCUGGUCAUCAGAAGAUAAGGAUUAAGAGCCAAGAGAAAUACAAUGAUGGCCUUUGGCACAAUGUGAUAUUUAUGAGAGCCAAAAAUGUUGGUCGCUUGAUAAUUGAUGGUCUCCGAGUACUGGAAGAACCUUUUGGCGGUAAUGCUAAUACCUGGCAAGUCACUGAACCACUCUACAUUGGAGGUGUAGCUCCCGGAAAAGCUGUAAAAAAUAUCCAGAUUAACUCUGUCUACAGUUUCAGCGGAUGUCUCAGCAAUUUACAGCUCAAUGGAAAAUCAAUUGCUUCAGCUUCGCAGACAUUUAGUGUAACGCCUUGCUUUGAAGGCCCAUCAGAAGCAGGAACAUACUUUUCAUCAGAAGGAGGAUAUGUCGUCCUUGAUGAAUCCUUCAGUUUAGGCCUGAAAUUUGAAGUUGUUUUUGAAAUACGUCCCCGAAGUAGCUCAGGAAUUCUACUGCAUGGUCACAGUGUGAAUGGAGAGUACUUAAAUAUGCACAUGAGAAAUGGACAGGUUACUGUGAAACUGAAUAAUGGAAUCAGGGAUUUUUCAACUUCAGUGACACUGAAACAGAGUCUCUGCGAUGGGAAGUGGCACCGAAUUGCAGUUAUUAGAGAUGCUAAUGUGGUGCAGCUGGAUGUAGACUCUGAAGUCAACCAUGUGGUAGGGCCACUAAAUCCAAAGGCAAUUGACCACAGGGAGCCAGUGUUUAUUGGAGGCGUACCAGAGUCUCUGUUAACAUCCAGCCUGACUACCCGCAACUCCUUCAUUGGCUGCAUUCGUAACUUCAUGAUUGAUGAAAAACCAGUGAGUUUUAGUAAAGCAGCUUUGGUUAGUGGUGCUGUAAGCAUCAAUACCUGUCCAGCAGCCUGAUAGUGCACUGCAUCAAUCUCAUAAAGUUCCUUAGACCACAGAAAAGAAAAAUAGAAAAAAAGAAACCAUGUUUGUCGAGAGAAGAAGAAUGAAAAUAUCAAGGAUCCAUCUACAGAAAGCAGUAUGUUUAAGGUUUACUUUAUGUGCAAACAAAAAUCACUGAAGAAUAAAGGGCUGUUGCUUCUGCACUUCUCUUACUAUACCACAAGAGUGAGCUUUACCAUUUCUUAUAGUGUAUGUGUGGCCAGUCUGUUACAUGAAAAUGUGGGAUUGUAAAAGAAAUGAAAAUUAUAUUAAAUAUGUUACUUUCAAGAUAGAUCCUUUACAUCAUUUCAUUCCAUACCUUAGGUCACCCUUUUUGCAGGAAAAGAUCUGCUAAGGCACAUUAAAGAAUA